AUGGCCUCUGCUCUAGUCAUCGAAAACCAGCUUAGACAAAGCUCCUCAUCAUCAUCAUCCCUCCUGACCAUCGACACGCCCGUUCGACAACUGCUUCCUUCCUUCGGUUUGCCUGAGAGAGACUGGAACGACGGCGGCAGCGAGAUCACACUGCGUAUGCUUGCCAGCCAUACUGCGGGCAUACCAAGGGAAAGCUACAGUACUGGUUUCAACAUGAUUCUUAGUACCGGAAAAGCAGAUACACCGACCAUUGGAGCCGCAUGGGCGGGUGAGACUGCCCAAGAUGUGAUUGAUGGGAUAGCGAUGAAGAACCUGAUGUUUGCACCAGGACAGAGGGCAGCUUAUUCGAAUGCAGGCUUGGGUAUUCUAGGUGCUGCUGUAGCGACAUACUACAACAACAUCACUUCCUCGUCUCUCAGCUGGUCUGAGCUGACAUCGCAGAAACUUCUUCAGCGAUUGAACAUGACCCAUAGCUUCUUUGGUACUGUGCCGCAGGAUCUUAUCCCAGACAUAACCGUACCGGGCGGUGACAGCUGGGUCGAUUUGAUCGUAGGCGAAGGCUACGAUCCAGCGGCCGGCAUGUGGAGCUCUGCAAACGAUCUCGCCCGGUAUAUGCACGGUCUAUGGCUCACGCCUGACCCUACGCUCAUCACGCCCUUCCAGCGUCGUCAGGUUAUGAAGCCAAGUGUCAUACUUGCAGACGGCAAACAGCAGAGCGGCCCAGGCUGGGAGAUUGAGAUCUUGAACUUACCGACAAGUGAGAAUGCUAGUCUGGCGGAAGACAGUAUGAAGACAUAUAGCAUCUUUGGCAAGUCCGGCGAUGGAGGAGGCUGGCAUAGCUGGAUUGACGCCAUACCAAAUCUCGGGUACGGCAUAAUCGUGCUCGUGCAAGGAUCUGGCCUGGCCGACUACGCAGGUAUCUCGACGAGUACUGUCAGAGAUACAGUACAUGCUAUUCUUGCGCCUGCUUUCGCAGAAGCAUUGAGUACAAGAACAAAGGAACGAUUUGCAGGGUUCUACAGCGCUGGUGAAGACACUGGACUCAUUGCUGAUGAAGUCGCCACCACGCUCUCGAACUCCUCAACGUACGCCAACUUGGAGACCCAAGACCAGAUUUUGUAUAUUCGCUCGCUCAUGGUGAACGGUUCAUCCGCGCUCGAAGCAAUAGAUCGCCUGUCUUGGACCGCGGAUGCCCAGCCACGCUACUUCUCUACACCGGAAGGGGUUGUCUUGGAGCCGGCGGAGGGUGUAGGCGAGACAGAUGAAUUUGGACCUGGAGCGCAGGUUUGGAGGAUGAUCUUUCCAGGAUUGGCAUCGUGCGAUUGGUUCGACUUCGACGGCUAUCAUGACAGCAAUGGAUGGCCUGUGAGCAAGGUUGUCCUAAUUGAGAAUGAGGAAGGGGUCGAGCUGCACUACCCACCAUUCGACAUUACUCUCGAAUGCGACAUCAAAACUACACGCCUGGCUACCGACUGCAUCAAUUCAGCUGCCCGGGGUGAUUCUCGGGUAAACAUGCACGCUGCUCCUGCACAAGCUCGCGCUAUCAUCAAUGCCUUCCACAACAAGGUAGCUGAAACCGAAAGGCAACAGCGUGAGCUGCAGAUCCAAGAGAGUGAUCAACACUUCCACGACAUGUACAGUCCAUGCAACCCAUCAUCGACGUUCCAUGACCUACGGUGUGGCCACAGGAUCCAAACAGAGUAUACCGCAAGCUGUGGUGUGACCUGUGCGCGACCGAUGCAAGGCCAGCCGUUCGUCUGCCCGGCUUGCCUGAUCGAUGUAGUACGUGCGGAAGUAGCUCUCGACAGUCUCACUCUUGGCUCCGGUGAUGACGCCGCAAUGGACAGCACCGGGCUAGUUGAAGAGGACAGGAUACAACACUUCGCCAACAAGUACGUCGCAGCAAUGCUGAAGAAGGGUUAUCGCGCAUGUAAGGCAGUGCUCAAGAUUGAUGAACCUCGCAUGCAAUUUUUCGAUCAAUUCAUGCGACAGGACGGGUUUGGAGGCGUGGAGGAUGAGCCUGCAGACGGGAUGACUACGAAGCCACGGAAGCGUCCUGGUGCGGGUGGUGGCCGUAGACAGCCUGCCAAGCUGCAUGCAAUACAUCGAAAGAAGCCUGGGACGUGGGAUUAUCGUGAUCCGACAGGAAGCGAACCAGUUUUGGCAGAAGCUGCGCGCGAAGAUCCAGGUGAUUACAAUAACGAGGAUAUGGAAGGCGGUAAGGGGAUGACAGACGAUGCUGUGGAGGUGGCGCAUUCGGGACAGUCCGCUGAUGCAUGUGUCGAUCUUGUUCCGCAGUCAGAAGCAGCCGAGGCUGUACUAAAGGCCAUGGAAGCAUUUGCUAGGCUUUCCACGUGGUGA